AUGUCUAAUAUACCCAGUAAGAGGAGACUCUCCGACGUGUCUAUGAACGGUUCAGCAUAUGGAAAGAAACCAUACGCUGCUCAUAGUGAAGAUGAUGAUGAAGAUUAUUUAUCAGAUUCGCCACAACCUAUUUUCGAUUCCCCUUCCAAUAAUACCAGAUGGCAAGAAGCUAUCACCAAAGUUGUGAAUGCAGUAGUAUCGAUUCAAUUUACUCAUGUAAGAAAUUUCGAUACUGAAUCAGCUCUUGUCAGUGAAGCUACUGGAUUUGUGGUUGAUUCUGAAAGAGGUUUAAUUUUAACUAAUCGUCAUGUGGUUGGACCAGGUCCAUUCUGUGGAUAUGCUGUGUUUGAUAAUCAUGAAGAGGUUACUGUCAAACCUAUAUAUAGAGAUCCUGUUCAUGAUUUUGGAUUUUUAAAAUUCGAUCCUAAAGAUGUGAAAUAUUUACAAUUAAGUCACUUAAAUUUAAAACCUGAUUUAGCUAAAGUUGGUACUGAAAUUAGAGUGGUUGGUAAUGAUGCAGGUGAAAAAUUAUCUAUUUUAUCAGGUUUCAUCUCAAGAUUAGAUAGAAAUGCUCCAGAAUAUGGUAGUUUGACUUAUAAUGAUUUUAAUACUGAAUAUAUUCAAGCUGCUGCUUCUGCUUCUGGUGGUUCAUCAGGUUCGCCAGUUGUGAAUGAAGAUGGUGAUGUGGUGGCUUUACAAGCCGGUGGGUCUACUGAAGCAUCUACAGAUUUCUUCUUACCGGUUGAUAGACCAUUAAGAGCAUUGAAAUGUAUUCAAGAUAACCAACCUAUAACUAGAGGUGAUAUUCAAGUUGAAUGGCAAUUAAAACCAUUUGAUGAAUGUAGAAGAUUAGGAUUAACUCCAGAAGCUGAAGCUAAAGCUCGUGAAUUAUUUCCAAAUAAAAUCGGUUUAUUAGUGGCAGAAUUAGUAUUACCUGAAGGACCAGCCGAUCAAUUAAUUAAAGAAGGGGAUACUUUAAUUUCCAUAAAUGAUGAAUAUAUCUCCACCUUUAUAAAAGUUGAUGAAAUUUUAGAUAAGAGUGUUGGUAAGGAAUUAUCAUUUGAAUUACAAAGAGGAGGACAAAUCAUUAAACGUUCUAUAACUAUUGGUGAUUUACAUUCAAUAACUCCUGAUAGAUAUGUUGAUGUCGGGGGUGCCUCAUUUAAUAAUCUUUCUUAUCAAAUCGCUAGAUGUUAUUGUAUACCAGUAAGAGGAGUAUUUAUCAAUGAUGCUUCUGGAUCAUUUGAAUUUGCAUCUAAUGAAAGAAUCGGUUGGUUAUUAGAAACCGUUGAUGAUAAACCAACUCCAGAUUUAGAUACUUUUAUUGAAGUUAUGAAACAAAUUCCUGAUCGUCUGAGAGUUCCAAUCACUUAUCGUCAUGUAUCUGAUCUUCAUACUGAGAAUUUCCAAACUAUUUAUGUCGAAAGACAUUGGCAAUCAACUUUUAGAUUGGCGGUUAGAAAUGAUGAAUCUGGAUUAUGGGAUUUCACCGAUAUUCAAGAAAAACCUCUUGACCCUAUUGAAAUCAAACCUCGAAAUGCUAAAUAUGUUGAUAUUCCAUUCGGUAAAGCAGGUUGUUCAUCAUUAAUAAGAUCAUUCGUUCAAGUUAGAACCAUUGCUCCUGUCCCUGUUGAUUCAUAUCCAUAUAGAAAGGAAAUUUGUUAUGGUGUGGUGGUUGAUGCCAAGAAUGGUUAUGUAUUAGUAUCCAGAAGAUUUGUCCCUCAUGAUAUGUGUGAUAUUUUCGUUAUAUUUGCUGAAUCAAUCGAUGUUCCUGCUAAAGUUGUUUUCCUUCAUCCAAAUCAAAAUUAUGCUAUUGUUAAAUAUGAUCCAUCCCUUGUUUUAGCUGAUGUUCAAUCUCCAAAAUUUAGUAAUAUUCCAUUAAAGAGAGGGGAUAAUUCAUUCUUUAUUGGAUAUAAUUAUAAUUUAAGAGUUAUAACUGAUGAAGUUAGAGUUAGUGCUGUUUCAUCAUUAAAUGUUCCAGCUGCAUCUUUAUCACCCAGAUAUAGAGGUACUAAUCUUGAUUGUAUUCUUUUAGAUAGUAAAAUCUGUCUUGAAUGUGAUACUGGAGUAUUAACUGAUGAUGAUGGUACUAUUAGAGCCUUUUGGUUAACUUAUUUAGGAGAAACCAAUUGUGAUCAAACUAAUGAUAGAAUGUAUAGAAUGGGAUUGGAUGUAACUGAUGUUUUACAAGUUAUUGAAUCAUUAAAAUCAAAUCUUAUUCCUCAAAACUUAAGAAUUUUAGAAGCUGAAUUUAAAUCAUUAACUAUUUAUCAAGCUAGAACUAGAGGAGUUCCUGAUCUGUGGAUUAAGAAAUUUGAAGAACAUUGUCAAGAUGAAAUUAAACUUUUACCGGUUGAAAGAGUCUCAGCUCCAAGAUUAAAUCAAGAAAAAAGUGCUUUAAAGACAGGUGAUAUUAUAUUAUCAGUUAAUGAUCAAAUUGUUACUAAUAUGAGAGAUUUUAAACCAAUGUAUACCGAAGAGAAAUUAAAUUUAAAGAUUAUAAGACAAAAGAAAGAAAUGGAAAUUGAAGUUCUGACUGUGGAUACUAAUACUUUACAUACUGAUCAUGUUGUAUUCUGGUGUGGAGCUAUCUUACAAGCUCCUCAUGGUGGAGUACGUCAAUUAAUGGUGGAAAUCCCUUCUGAAGUAUAUGUUACCAGAAAGAGUGCUGGAGGUCCAGCUCAUCAAUAUGGCAUUGCUACCAAUAGUUUCAUUACUCAUGUUAAUGAUCAAGAAACUAAGGAUCUUACAUCGUUUAUGGAAGUAGUUAAAACUAUACCUGAUGGAAAUUAUAUUAAAUUAAGAUUAAUGUCAUUUGAUAAUGUUCCAUUGGCUAUAUCGUUAAAGACUAAUUAUCAUUAUUUCCCUACUUCUGAAUUAAAGAAAGUUGGUGAUGAAUGGAAGGAAUUUGAAAUUAACAAUUAA